AUGUCAUCGCCGGAGCUCACAGAGCAACAGAAAGCUUUUAUUGCCGAUCGUGCCCGUGUAUGGGAGGUCCGACGCUUCUGCCAGGUUUUGCCGUCCGUCGUGCGAUACGUGCGCGGUUCAGCCACUGGAUUGACGAGCAAGCCUUUGGAACCACAUGGAAGGUACUCCGGAAAUCAACCAGAUGGUGCACUCGCUGCCUUACUACGAUGUGUCGUUCAUCAGACGGGUGCCGACCUUGCUAUGGUUAGCUUGUUGGACGACCACACACAAUACUUUGUCUCGGGCGCAAGCCGGGCUAAUGUCAACGAGGCAAAGGUCACUCUGGGUGCGUAUAGAGAACUGCAAGCCAUAUCUGAAAUUGUAGAUUCCUAA